AUGGCAACUUCAGCGACAACUUCCAAACAAUGUUUUAUAUGUAAAAAAGAGAAAUCCAACUUAUACCCAUGUGGAGGCUGCUCAGAAAAUUUUUGUUUCCCUGAUUUAUCAAAACACCGUCAAGAACAUGUAGUAGAACUAGAAAAAAUUGUCACUGAGUGUGAUACAUUCCAACAAAGUAUAAGUGAGCAACAGCAAGAUCUCAAUCAUCGUCCAUUAAUACAACAAGUGAAUAAAUGGGAACGCGAUUCAAUCAUGAAAAUUAAGCAAACAGCAGAAGAUUGUCGCCAAAGAUUAAUUAAAUCGACAGAUGAUAAUAUUAUUGAAAUAGAGAAGGAAUUAAAUCAACUCAGUUCUCGCUUGAGAAAAAUGCGAUAUGAUGAAGAUUUCAAUGAAAUUCAUUUAAACAACUUGAGGAUGCUACUAAAGGAAUUGGAAAAAGAACUUGAUCAACCACGGAAUGUUUCCAUUUUGGAAGAACCUACAUCGUUUAUAAACAAAAUAUCAAUUUCAGGUUAG